UUGCAGGCUAUUGUUCUAGUAGUCAUCAUGACAUAACUGAAGGCAUGGCUACUGAUAUGGCAGAGUACCUAAGGCAAGUUGUUUUUAAUAUGCCCCACGUACUGCUGGAGAGUGAUUUUAUGACAAGCUUCUUUCAACCUGCUACAAACAGCAUUCAGUCCAAUUCUCAGGUAUCAGAUCAAGUUGCAGGCAACUUCAGGGGACAGACAAAUAGUCAUGACAAUUCUCGGCUGAGGUCAUUUACGUAUACAAUUCUCAUAUGUCGGACAGCCCUUCUCAUAGUAGUACGGGUGGUCAACUCUGUAGUCCUUCAUCAACUAACUCAAAUUCUCAGCAACAGAAGCAUUUAGGCCCUGAUGAUAAAACUCAUAACCAGUUGCAACACCGAGGACAGUCAUCCCCCACAUCUUCUCCUCUUUCAUCCCCAAAGUCAUCCCCAUACGUGUCUCCACCUCAUUCUGGUACCAGUUCCAGAUCUACAUCACCGUGGACAUCUCGAAUCUCCAUGGCAACUGAUCGGGGCUCAUCCUCCACUAGCGUUGAUUCAAGUGAUAUAUCAUCUUUAGAACAUUUCUUAAAAAAAGAGGGAUUACGCAAGUAUAUUCAAAAUCUUCAUGGCUACACAAUAGAAAAGCUGCAGACGUUGAAUGAACAUGAUCUGAGAAGUUUUGGCCUGACCAUGGGUGCAACUCGUAAAUUGAAGAAAGCUCUUGAUGGUUUUAGGUCUGUUUCUUUACCAAAUGGUAUCGUUAAUCACUCAUAUAAUAUCUCUGUGACAAACAAUCAUCAGUGCUCACAUGCUGCUCCAACAGGACCAUCAUUUUCACUCCCUAAUAGUGACAGUUCUCCUUCUCCCUCAUGCUCUGUGGAUUCCAGUCCAUCACCUAGUCCUCCUUCUCUGGAGGGCUGCAUACUUCGAAGUCCCACCAGCUCAAGCUCUGAAGAAAGUCUUCCUGGUAAAGGUCGGCCAAUUCAAAAAUCGGACAAUGCAAGAAAUGUAGGCCAUACUUCUAAAGUAAGUUAUGAUCCCAACAACAGAGUUCAGCAAGGUGGAUUUUAUUCCAAGCACAAUAAGAAGCUUGCAGAAAAAGAGGAUAGUUAUGUAAAUGGACGAGAAGGAGGGGAUAGUCUCAAAAAUAUUACAAACUAUGGAAUGACUGUCCCUUUCCUUUUUCCACCUCCUGAUAUACAUCCUCCGAAGCCCAACUCUUUACCACUGUAUACCCGAGCUGCAGCUACUCCACCACAUCUUGGGGCAGGAACAAUCAUUAUAGAGAACAGUCAGCUCAACAGAAAUCCUUUGGCAUUUCUCCCUUCAAAUCCUCCUCAUCGAUCUCACAGUGGUACUCCUGAACGAAGUGUGAAUCCUCCAGUUUCAUUCUCUGGUGGUAUAACUUUCUACCAGUUCCCCCUGAUAACUUCUGGAGGUGCAUCUCUUACUACAGCAACACGUAGUUUUGUCACUUAUCUUGGCCAUUCUACAGUUACUGUGACAACAGUAGGGAGUGGAAAGUUUGUAUCCAAAACUGUGGACACAGUUAAUACCAAACAAGUGCCUGAUCCUAUGCCCAAUGUCUAUCAUUACCCCCCUUGUGUGGUGCCAGCUCCAGGUGCAGCCGUCCAGUCAAACGGAGUAGUAAUCUCAACAAACAAUGCUGGUACCUCUACUGUGGCAAGUAGCACGGCUACAACUAGUCAUAGCAAUGCCUCGACAUCCAUCCAUACUCCACCUCCUUCCAGUCUCCCAUAUAGUUAUUUCCUUCCUCACUUCCUUCCCCAAGCUUUUCCAUUUGUAGCAGCCCAUAAUAAUACUCCUGCUAAUGGAUUUGUUUCACCAAAUUUACAUGUUCCACCCCCUACCCCCAGUUUUCCUUUUCACCUUCCAAAUGGUUUAAAUGCUGGAGUGUCACCAGAUAUGGUGUACCCUCCUCAGGGCUUCCCUUUACCAUCCCCAUCAGGGCCACCACCCCCAACACCACCUGUUACUCCUUACCUUGGAUACCUUGGGAAUGGCUCUAGCUAUCCUCACAACCACUCUGUACCUCUACAGGCACCCACUAAACCAGUGACUUGUUAUAACUGUGGUGCUGUUGGCCACAGAGGAAAUGAAUGUAAAAGUGCCACCUUAGAUGAAAUGACAAAAUCAGGUCAUUUCAGACUUCAUUUUGUACCAUCUCCAAAAACAUCAGAAUCUAAUACAUAGUAAUGAAUCAAGGUUAGAAGAAAUGUAUUUUUUAAACUUUUCCAGUACUUGUUCAGUGAUCAAGAACAAAGUUGUUUGAAUACAUUUUACUGUGAGGCAGAACAUAACAAAAUAUUGUUGGUUUUUUUUUACUCAGAACAUAGCAAUUCUAUGCUUGUGGGUUUUAUGUUUUUAGCAUGAAACCAGGCACUUCAGAAGUUUCAAUGGUAUAUCUAUCUAAUACAAUAGAUUGGGAAAUAUUAAAAUGGUGCUUUUAGUUUUCUAUCUAAAAUUUUAAGCUUGUUUUUGACAAUUUUCUUUUGUUUACUGGAAUGGAAACCACUGAUGAUGAAGGUGGUGACGACAUAGGAUAAGAUACCUUAACCCAAUCUUAAUUCAAUACAUAUCUUUUAAGUGUUUUUUGGUCACUGUCAUUGUGGCAUAAAAGAUAAUUUCUAUCUCACCUAAAUAAUUGAAGUAAAGUAGUAUUUACAAAAGUUUGUGCUAGUGCCUCAUUUGGGGUGUACUUUGGUAUUAAUUGUAUAUAACUAUGUAGAACUUACUUUUAAGGCAGCUGUUAUUUUUCUCAAUACACGCACUUGUUAUAAAUAGGAAAGAUAAAAUAUAUAUUUUAAGUCAGCUAUUAAGAACAUGGAAACAAUUGCAACUAUGCAAUCUUUGAGGUUUUUUUUUUUAUCUAAGGAUUUUUUUUUUCUUAAGAAUUUAUAGUAUUGUUGGCAAAGAUUUUGAACUCGUAGUUGUUGAAGGAACCAUAAGAAUUGAUUUGAAACCUGAGCAAUUUGCUGACUUUUAAAAUAGAGAUGCACAUUUUAUAAUUGGAAUUGUGGAUUAUUGAAUGAAAUGACUUGAGGUUUUAAAUAGUUGCAUCUGUCCACUUUUAGUGCCUGGAGAAGUUGUUGAUUUCUUUUUUAACUAGAUGCUCUGGUUUGUCAUUUCCAUUUUAUAAAAUAAGUAACACUGGUUUAGUGCUAUAUAUAAAUAUAUUGUGAAUGUAUGUAUCAUAUCAUUUAUUGUACCCAUUAACACAAUGCUAUUUGCUUCUAUAUCAUGAUGACCAGUUUGAUGUGUGGUAGGUAGAAAAUUAUAGGAGUCCUGAUACUUUUAAAUAGAGGAUUUUUUUUCUCCUCUUAUUUUAAUUUGUAAUAGAAACUGUAUAUUAUUGAUAUGCUUUGUAUUAGUUGUAUUCAUUCACACUGUGACACUUCAGACAGGGUAAAUAUGGACCCAAGGGUUUCAGGAACUGUACUCUGAACAAUUCUAGUCAUUUGGUUCUUAACUAGUACAUUAGAAAUCUACUAUUUGUGUAGGUAAGCAAGUGGAUGAUGGACAUGUAGAACAUUGGACAGUGUUGCAUUUAUAGUCUUUAAAAGUGUUUCAAACAGAAGUGAUUGUAUGUAAUGUUUUAACAACAUUCAAUUGUUUUGUGUAGUGUAAAGUGAUACAGUAUUCAUUGGAAAAAUAAGAGCUUUUAGAUUAAAAUCCAAAACCCUGGUCAGUCUUCUGUUGUAAUUUUUAUUAUUUGAAGUAUGUGAUUGCUACAGGACGUAAACAAUAAGGAUAAAGUACAAAAGUGGAAGUUCUUUGAUGUACUCUGGUGUUUAUAAAAAGUGAAACUUUGGUGAUUCUUAUUCAUAAUAAAAGUAAUCCUAAGCUAAGUGAAAAAUAUAUUGUAUAUGAUAUAAAAAUAUCUGACUCAAGUGUAAUGUCCAGAAGAUGUCUGUGUCAUGUGUAUAAGACAUUAUUUCUAUGGUAUUUCAUAUUUGUAGACUUUGUACAUACAUUGUAUAUACUUAAAUACAUAACUCUGUACAUUUGAUUAAAAAAAAAAGUCAUAAAAAUAAAUCACUAAAAACUUGUCCUGAAACAGUUUGGUGAUUCUGUUUGUUAUAUGGAGUAUCAAAGAACUUGAAAGACAGCUGUAUGUACACUGCAUACACAUAUUUAAAAAAAAAAGUGUGUUCAGAUAUUAUAAAAAAAAAAA